AUGACUGCAUUUGAUGUCAUUACUGGAAAACUUCAGCGCGACGACAUUACAGUCGCAGCUGUCCGUGACAUUUUCGAUAUUGUGCUGGAUGACUAUGUUGGCAAGAGUACUGUGGGCUUCUCGCGCAAAAUCAUGGGUCAAGACACUCUAGAAGUCAUCAUGUUCUUAAAACUCAACUGGGGUUUAGGCACGCUUUUUGGACGUAUCUAA